AUGCCUUCAUGUUUCCCUUUCCACAGCUAUGGACCACUGUCAUCAGAUGCGAUUUUUGGCGGUGACUUUUUUCCAGUGACAUUUCAGCUCCCUUUUCUUUCUCUUUCCUUCCUUUUUCUUUCACUGCUGCAUCCUUUUUUGAUCUGCAACAUCUCCACUAGCAAGUUAAACGACUGGAUCUCAUACCCCCAAAAAAGAACAUCAAAAUCACAACAAGAGUCUUGAAUCCAGCAAGAACUACUGCUCCAAAUUAACCUUCCCUUCCACCACCACCCAACCCCAAAUCAUCUCCUUCAACCGUCACACGAGAGUGGGAGAACACGUCGGCAAGAAUGCAACUACAAGGUUCCCUUCCCAUUUCAAGCGUGACGACUGUGAACCUUCACCAACGUACAAUGUUGAAUUCGUGAUUCUAGAUUUUAACUCCUUUUUGUUUUCUUUUUCCAAAUCUGAAAAUAUGCACAAUGUUGGGGUUUUUUAUUUCAAAUUUGUGGAAUGAGAAGAGAAAAUCGCGCGUAUGAGUGAGAACGAAAGAGGGAACAAAAUUCUCCAAAUUUGCAUUCGUAUAGGCAUUUGUGGGCGAGUCAAGGAGAACAAUUCUUAUCGAAAUCUCAUUUUCCAUGAUUGAAGUAACCAUGAAGAUGAUCUCAUAUUUACUUAUAUUGAAGGAGUGAAUCGGGAGGGGAGAGCAACAGAGAGGAAGGAGGAGGAGGGUAUUAUGAGGAAAAGAAAGAAUAGACAUUUUUUUGAACUGACAAAUUGGUCCAAUAAAAUUUCUUAUGACAUUUUAGUCUUUUCAAGUCAACAACACAAUAAAUGUUUCACUGUCAAAAAAUCCAACAAUAUCAUGUAGACUUAUCUGGGUUAACAAAAAUAUUUAAUUGUAAGACGGAUUUGUCACAUAUUUUACAAAUUGAAGAACGAAAUAUUAUUCUUCACUAACUUAGGAUCCAAAUAGUGAGGCUCUGCAAAUUUAAAACCCGAUAUAACUAAAGAAUAGUAGAAUAGUAUACGGUGUUGGUUAGCUUCGAUAGAUUAAUCAACACAGAGGAGUGAGCGAAACUAGAAUCCGAAAAACAAUGGCGGCGAAGCUAGACAGCCACGCCGUGGCUUCCGAUAUGAUCGACUUCCUCAACGCUUCUCCGACGGCUUUCCACGCCGUCGACGAGGCAAAGAGGCGUUUGCGAAGCGCGGGGUACCACCAACUCUCGGAGAGGGAACCGUGGAAACUUCAACCGGGCAACAAGUACUUCUUCACCAGAAACCACUCCACCAUCGUCGCCUUCGCCAUCGGCAAAAAGUAUGUUUCUGGAAAUGGAUUCCACAUAAUCGGGGCUCACACGGAUAGUCCUUGUCUCAAACUCAAGCCUGUCACCAAGGUUGUUAAGGCUGGGAUUUUGGAGGUUGGUGUCCAAACCUAUGGAGGAGGCUUGUGGCACACAUGGUUUGAUCGAGACUUGACCGUGGCGGGGAGGGUCAUUGUGCAGGAAGAGAAUGCCGGUUCUGUUUCGUACUCGCAUCGCCUUGUUAGAAUAGAGGAACCUAUAAUGCGGAUCCCGACUUUGGCAAUUCACUUGGACAAGACUGUUAGUGAUGGAUUCAAAUUUAACAACGAGACUCACCUUAUUCCCAUCUUGGCAACAUCACUGAAGGGUGAGCUCAAUAAAGUGUCCACUGAAAAUGGUCCUGUUGAAAGUGGAAAUCAGAACGAUGGAAAGAAAGCAAAUGAUAAAACAGGCACCAGCAAUACGAAGCACCACCUUCUUCUUCUACAGUUGCUUGCAAGUAAGCUUGGGUGUGAACCAGAUGACAUAUGUGAUUUUGAAUUGCAAGCUUGUGAUACACAACCAAGUACUAUUGCUGGAGCUGCAAAGGAAUUCAUUUUUUCAGGACGGCUUGAUAACCUCUGCAUGUCAUUUUGCUCGCUGAAGGCAUUAAUAGAUGCUACAUCCUCUGACAGCAGUCUUGAGGAAGAGUCAGGGGUUAGAAUGGUGGCUUUAUUUGAUCACGAGGAAGUUGGAUCUAACUCUGCACAAGGAGCUGGCUCUCCUGUUAUGCUAAAUGCUGUGACAAGGGUUACCAAUUCCUUCAGCUCAAAUCCCAACCUUCUGGAGAAAGCAGUACAAUUAAGCUACCUUGUAUCUGCCGAUAUGGCACAUGCACUACACCCAAAUUACAUGGAAAAGCAUGAAGCAAACCAUCAGCCCAAACUACAUGGAGGACUUGUCAUUAAAACCAACGCUAACCAACGCUAUGCAACCAAUGUUGUCACAUCCUUCAUAUUCAGGGAGAUAGCAUCAAAACAUAAACUUCCCGUUUAGGACUUUGUGGUGCGCAAUGACAUGGGUUGUGGUUCAACCAUUGGUCCUAUUCUUGCUAGUGGCAUAGGUAUUCGCACUGUUGAUGUAGGUGCACCGCAGUUGUCAAUGCAUAGCAUACGAGAAAUUUGUGCUGUUGAUGAUGUGAAGCAUUCAUAUGAGCAUUUCAAGGCAUUUUACGAAGAAUUUUCUCAUGUCGAUGGUAAGAUGGUCGUGGAUAUAUAGGAUAUCUCUAAUCACGAAAUCCUCAUUUUGAUCCUUUGCUCUAGAAGCUGUUGCUGAAAUGGUCGUGUUUUGUAAUUUAGUAUCUAUAUAAUGCUGACUUAUUAUAAGUUUUCAAUAAAAUUAGACUCCCUGAAUGCAAUAUUAGCAACGACUUUAAGUGUGUUUACUUGAAUAGUCCAAGUUCAUGCUUCUAAAAUGGGACCGUAUUCAGGCGAGUAACGAAUUUACUAAAGUAGAAGUUGAAAUAAAUAUACUAUUUUUCGAGCAAUAUUCAA